GCAAAGGAAAUUUACCGGAUAUUUGUCGUCGAUUGCCGCUACCACAAUGGACGUCCUCUCGAGACCGGCAGAAGAGUUCGUAAACGACGGAACUGUGGAGGAACUGUGGGCCGUAAAAGCGGUCGAUCACGCGGAGGUACAUUUCAAUCUUCUGUGCAGUGUGGACCCUCGUCUACUUCGCCUUACACCGUACGACGAUGAAAUAUACGAUCAGUUUCGGCGCAUGUUCCCGGACAUGGAUGUGCGGGUGGUGAACGAAAACGAACUUAAAAACUCGGACGCCAAAAGCAAAUGGAGAGCUUACGUGGAGAAGUUUAAUCGGCUGGAAGAUUUCAGCUACGGCACACUGCUGCGAGCCGACGCAGAAGAAGAAUUCCGACCGGAAAACGCCAUCCUGGUAGUGCGUAUCCAGUUCUGGGCGAUCGAGGUGGCGAGAAAUCGGGAAGGGCAUAACGAUAUAGUUAGGAUGAAGUUCCGUGGAAGAAACUUUAACCGAGACGUUGAAUAAAACCGCUUCAAUGUUUUUUUCUAACC